AUGGUUGCGACUACUCAACAGAAGCCUGAGGCUGAAAAAAAGAAGGUGGAUGACAAAAAAGGAAAACCAGAACCGAAAAAGGAGGAGAUGACCGAGGAAGACCAAAAGCUUGAAGAAGAUCUCAAUCUUCUUGUCCAACGUCUUUCGGAGCCUGAUACCUCGUUAUACAAGCCAUCACUUGAAACAAUGCGAUCCCUGAUCCGUGCUUCUACAACUUCCAUGACUUCCGUGCCAAAACCACUCAAGUUCAUGCGCCCCCAUUACAAUAAAAUGAAGGAGAUCUACACUUCGAUUGCUGCUCCAGAAGUGAAGAAGCUGUGUGCCGAUAUUAUUUCAGUGCUUGCUAUGACUUCCGAUGAACGCACUGAUACUAUCAAUUAUCGCAUCCUUGGAUCACACGAGCCUAUCGGAGAUUGGGGACAUGAAUAUGUGCGCCAUUUGGCUAUGGAGAUGUCAGAAGAGUGGAAGAAAGAAGGUACUUCGGAUGCAAGAAAGGCAGAACUUCUACAGCUUACCCAAGACAUUGUGAGCCACCACAUGAAGCACAACGCUGAAGUCGAAGCAUGUGACUUGCUCAUUGAAAUUGAACGUCUUGAUUUGCUCGUCACCUAUGUGCAAGAAGUAGAUCAUCAAAGAGUUUGUCUCUACAUUCUGUCUUGUGCUCCAUUGACCCCUGAUCCGGAUAACAUCAUCUUGAUCCGCACUGCUCUUCAACUUUACCUGAAAUUUAAUCGCUAUCUGGAAGCAGUCCGUUGUGCUAUUAUGGUCAACGAUGUUCCAAAAGUUCAUGAAAUUUUCGCCAAGGCAACUGACCCACUUCUCCGAAAACAAAUGGCUAUUCUUCUCGGACGGCAUCAAAUUUUCCUCGAUUAUGAAGGGGCUGAAGAUUCAGAUGCUCUUUCUGAACUCAACUCUAAUGCCCAUCUUUAUGAAUAUUUCCACUCGCUAGCUCGUGAGCUCGACAUCAUGGAGCCAAAAACACCUGAAGGGAUCUAUAAGUCGCAUUUGGAACACUCUCGCCCAUUUGGAAACUCUUCGCAGCCAGAUUCUACCCGCAUGAAUCUUGCUGCCGCUCUUGUGAACGGUUUCGUCAAUUGCGGUUUUGGAGUGGAUAAAAUGAUGGCUGAGACUGAAGAAGCUUCAAGAUGGUUCUACAAAAAUAAGGAAUACGGCAUGCUUACUGCUGCGGCUUCUCAAGGACUCAUUUGGAGAUGGGACAUUGACACUGGUUUGGCACAGUGUGAUAGAUUUCUGUACAUCAAUGACGACUACAUAAAGGCUGGAACUCUGUUAGCCAUUGGAAUCAUCUCGUCUGGAAUCCAAGACGCUUGUGAUCCAGCUUCGGCUCUUCUUCUCGAUCAUGUCCAAUCCGAACGGCCAAUUAUGAGAGUUGGAUCUAUUCUCGGUCUGGGCUUGGCAUAUGCUAAUUCGAAGAGAGAAACAGUUACCAAAAACGAGGAGAGAGGAGUUAUUUUCGAACUCAAGAAAGUUCUCUCUGAUCAAAAGCCGUCCGCCACUCCAGAAGUGAAAGGCUUGGCUGGUCUUUCUUUGGGACUUAUUCUCGUCGGAACUGCUGAUGCUGAAGCGGCAAUGGAGAUGCUUCAAGCAUUGAUGGACAAAAGUGAAACGGAAUUGACUGAUCCUAAUAUGCGGUUCCUGGCUUUGGGUAUCGCAUUGAUUUUCCUUCAAACUCAAGAUAAGAGUGAUGUCUUCGUGGAAAGUCUUCGUUCAUUACCAGACCCAUUCGGAGCUAUGGUUUCUACACUCGUUGAAGUAUGCGCCUAUGCCGGAACUGGAAACGUGCUCAAAAUUCAGAAAUUACUUCAUCUAUGCUCCGAGCACUACGAAACUCCAGUGGCCGAAAAGAAAACCACUUCUACUCGUGCGGGACGAGGCAAUCCAUCCGCUACUCCAGCUCGUGCAGCCGCCCCAGGUGCAGCUGCUGGCACUGCCACACCAGCACCAACGGGAACACCAGCAGUCGUUCCUGGUGCUCCAAGACGAGAUGGAGCAGCUCCAUCUGCCACCCCAGCCGCUCCAGGAUCUGCAGAUGCCUCCGCAACUGAUGCUACUCCGGCCCCUCCAGCUAAGCCGGAUCUCUCUUCCCAACAAGCAAUCGCAGUUCUUGGAAUCGGACUCAUCGCCAUGGGUGAUGAUAUUGGUUCUCAGAUGGCACUUCGCAUGUUCGGGCAUCUUAUCAGAUAUGGAGAACCAGUCAUUCGUCGUGCAGUUCCACUUGCUUUGUCGCUUCUUUCUGUGUCCAACCCACAGCUCAACAUUUUGGAAACACUUUCGAAGUUCUCUCACGAUUCCGACCCAGACACUGCUCACAAUGCCAUUUUCGCUAUGGGACUUGUUGGAGCAGGAACGAAUAACGCUCGUCUCGUUGCGAUGCUUCGCAAUUUGGCUUCAUAUCAUUACAAAGAUCAAGUUUCUCUUAUGUUGGUCAGAAUUGCCCAAGGUCUUACCCAUCUUGGUAAAGGAACUAUGACCCUCAAUCCAUGGCACUCCGAUCGGCAACUGUUGUCUCCAAGUGCGCUCGCCUCAUUGCUCUCGAUUUGUUAUUGCUUCUUGGACGCUAACAAUACUGUCUUGAAUAGUCGACAACAUUACUUGCUCUACACAUUGGUUCUCGCCAUGCAACCGAGAAUGUUGACGACUUUGAUUGAAGACGAAAUGAAGCCGGGAAGCUUGAAACAGCUGAACGUCUCCGUAAGAGUUGGACAAGCUGUCGACGUUGUUGCACAAGCUGGAAAGCCGAAGACUAUUACCGGAUUCCAAACGCAUACCACUCCGGUUCUUCUGGCUCAUGGAGAGCGUGCAGAAUUGGCGAAUGAUGAAUGUAAGUUCAAGUUUAAAAAACAUAAGCUAGACGAAAUUUUGCUUUCAGACAUUCCUGUCACUCCACAUCUCGAAGGAUUAGUUAUUCUGAAGAAGAACCCUGAGUACCAGCCAGUGGUUGUAUCGUCGAAAAAGUAG